GGUUAACCAUCGCUACCGCUCUCCACAGAAAUAUGAUCCCUUCAGAGUUCUACAAUUUCGUUCGUUGCGUGCGUUCCUUCAUGUAACUUCAACCCCUCCGACCGUACAACUUUUUUACUAUCUUCACCAUUUUCUUUUCGCUGUUCCUGGGUAAACACUUUUCACACCUGAAACAUUUAAUUAUGUUUUAUGGUCAGACAGGGUACACUGGGUUAUUUGUAACAAUAAACGGAACUUGAUCAGAGCUGGGUGGAAUUUAAGGAUAAAGUUUAUUAUUGUGAAUAAUGGAUGCUAUGCAGUUCGAUUGAAUAUUUUGAGCAAAAAGUUUUGGCAAAUAAAUGAUUUAAAUAUAAAAUUUUAGGAAAUAAAAUAUUUUUAUUUUGAUAACUGUUAUUACUUGGAAUCAUAGGUGAUCAGUCGGAAAAUUAGGUUCAUUUGUAUCGCGGCAUGUUUGGAUCAAUCAUAGUAGCUGAAUCACGAGAGAAUGUACACCGUAAAUAAAGUGAUGCUGAUUCUAAUGCUACAAUCACGUUAACACAUCCUGUAUUCUCAAGUAUAGAAGAUUAUUGUUAUUGCACGCACCGUAAGUACCUAUCAGAACAGGUAGUAGAGUAAAAACCAUCUACAUAUUAUAUUCUUCUAAGUAAACGACUUAUCAACAUUUUUAUUUGAGAAAAAAUAACAUUUUAUUCAGGUCACAACAUUUUAUUUGAGCUUCAUUCAAAUGAAACUUUAUUUAAAUACAGAUAAAAGUUUGAUGUUAAUGACUUUAUUUAUGACUCAUGAGUAAAAUCUACAUAAAAAUUUAUUUAUUAUUCACGAAUGUAUCCAACUCCGGCCACAAUGAUUACCGUUACAAUUGUUACAAAAAUAACAUUUCAUUGAUUGUGGCGCUUAUUUUUUAAACAAAGAUAAUAGAAACAACCGUGUAAAAGAUAACUUUAACUAAAACAUUAGAAGAGGGAAAUUAUUAAAAUAAUUUACAAAAUAGGUAUAACCGUAAUUAUUGCCAUCAUUCAAGUAGUUUCACAAUAAUGACAUCAUUAAGUGUGCUUCUUCGAGCGUCUUUUGCAUUCAAGUACGACGAUGACUCACGCAAUCAAGAGUAGUGUCUUUUCAUUUGGUGCAGUUCAUUGAUCACAACGUAGACCCGUUGGUUAUUCACUCGGCACUGGCGUAGAAUUGUAUGAUCUCUCUCAUAGAAUGACCGUCGUUGAUACGUAACAGGUUUAUGGAGAAAUAUUUAGUCAGGGGUGAGGAGAUCCUCAAAUCGACCUAAACGCUACUCGAUCGCGAACAAACCCAAAAUGGAUUCGCAAAAAACUGCAAACGACGCGGCCGAAUCUGGUUCGGACCGUGGAGGAAGUAUGGUGAAAUCGAGCGCAGCGUUACCAUCUGGCUUUCGGGCGAGACCGCAAGGUCCACCUGGAUCACCGAGACAGCCCCUAAAUAAUGGUCCUGUAGGGCAGUCGCAACCUGGUGGACAGACACAGCAAAUUCGAUUCGACGGUCGCCCUCCUUUCGGCCCACCUAAUUCGGGACAAUUCGCGCAGCACAGACCUUACGGGCCUCCGAGACCUCCGGUGAACUCCUUUCCCCAGAGACCGCCUCCUCAAAAUCAAAAUCCCCCAAUUAUACUGAAUCCACGUUUCGCUCCGUCGCCAACCAACAGGCCAGGCCCACAGCAACGUCUCAGACUGACGAAUCCUGGAAGUUACCAAGCGCAACAGUCACAGAGAGGCUCGCAACCUCAACAAACCGCGCAACAACCUCAACAACCGGUAUUCCAUCCUCAGAACCCACAGCAGCAGGCAGGAAGGUCAGUUCUUGCUCAGCAGCAAGAAAUCGCGCAACGACACCUACAACGACAUGAAUCGUUGUUGAACAUACCUCAGCAAAGUCCGUCGGCUCAGAAGGAAGACAAAAAACCCACGCUUCCGCGCAUAGUAAUCGAAAGAAUGGCAGAUGUCGACGAUGCCAAGAAGCUAAAACAAUUGGAGAAUUCAGCCGCCAAGGAGAUGCGUGACAACACAGAAAACGACGACGACGAUGACGUGGUGAUGGACGGGAACCGAUCACCCAGGGUCGACACUCCUAAACGAGAAGAGUUGAUCAUGUCGAAAUCCCCCAAUAUAGGUAACAUGAUCCAGCCCCCGAAGAGACCAGAAUCCGCCACGAUAAACGGAAAAAUGGACCCUAAGUCGGAUGAAAUGGAGAAAGAAAAAUUAAAUGACAAGAACAACGCUGCAAAUCAGAAAUUCGAAAAAUCUGAAAGAGAGGUUCCAGAGUCUGUUAAAAAUUCAGGCUCCGCGGGAGCAGACAGCAGGCUGUCCUCGGCGAAACAAGUGGAAAAGGCAGACGAUAAAUCAGAAUCGGUGAAAACUGUUGACAAAGAGAAAAGCGUUUCACCAGUUCCUGCCAAUAUGCAAGACAAAUUGAAUAGAUCGGACGCCUCCCACGAGUCUAUUCUGCCCACGAAGACGUCCUCGAGUGAACAGACCCUGAAGACGCCGACGAAAACGCAGCCGGAAGAGGGUCAAAAGCUAUCUCCGUUGUCUAGAAGUCCAGACAAGUCACGAGCGAGCACACCAUCGGAAACGAUUCAGAAUCAAGUAGAACAGGAGCAGAAAACCCCAUCGAAGUCUGUGGAGAGCUCGCGCGCGAGUACUCCGGCGAAGAAGAAUGAAAAUAACAGCGAUCAGGAGCUGAAGACGCCAUCGAAGACACCUGAUAAAUCUCGCGCGAGUACACCAGCGGAUCCAAAGGAUCGAGCAGACCCUAAUCAAAGUAAAAGUGAUCAGGAGUUAAAGGUGCCAUCGAAAUCUCCGGACAAAUCGCGUUCGAGUACGCCUGUCGAGCCCAAGAUCAGUCAAAGUGGAGAAGACCUGAAAGCGCAGGACUCAUCUUCGGAUAAGUCUCGCGUCAGCACACCGAUGGAAAUUAAUCAGACCAAGGAUGAACGGGAAUCUAAAGAGGCUACCUUGGCGACUAGCGCGACUAUGAAUGUACCAGCAGAGGCAAGUGAUAGUCGAAAGGAGCAAAAAUCAGCGACGGAUGUGAAGUCUAAAGUGGAACAGGAACCAAAGACUAAAGAAUCGCUUCAAGCUUCUGAAGAAUUGUGCGAGAAAACGCCUACAAGAAAGGAGUCGAGCGAUUCUUCCAAGUGUCCUUCUCCUGCAGUUGGCCGUCCUUCGACUGGAGAAUCGACUAAACGGCUCGGGGAUUCAGUCACAACAAAAGUACCUGAGAAAAAUCUUUCAGAGAAGUUGCCGCAGGAUACACUGGCUGAGGACUCUCCUGAAACGAAGGUAGAUAGACGUCCUACAAGUUCACCUAGGCCUGUAGAGACCGCGAAUGAUUCAUCCAAGUCUUCAGUGCCUCAAGAGAAAGUAUCGAUGGCAGAGUCCAUGUUGUCUCCUGCCCAAUCCUCGGAUGAAAGUGUGAAAGGGUUCGAUAAUGGCCAGAGGAGAUCGUUAUCGCCAAAAUCACCAGCGCUGUCCAGCCCUCAAACGCCUGUUUCUCCGAAGUCACCUGCCAAUAGCGAGAAAUCAGUUAACAAGGAGGAGAAGAAGACCACUUUCGUCGAAGAUCCGACUAAUCAGACGAAAGACGAUGGCAAAAAGACGCCUGAUUUAAAAAUUCCAUCCAAACCGACUACGCCUAACGUUCACGGGCCACGUACACCUGCUGAGUUGGAUAAGAAAUCAGAGAAGAAGCUUACAGCAACUUCAGGAAUUCAAAAUGGCAAUGGAAUGGACGAAUCGGUGCAGUCCAAUGUGAUAUCAGCCACAAAUGGAGUUGACGAUUCGCCAACGAAAAAGUCAUCCUCCAAAUCAAAAGAACUAGAUAAAAAUUCAACAGCUGGAUCACCAGUCAAGUCGCCGAGUAAAUCAAUCAAGUCUCUGCCACGAACACCGGAAACUCCUUCAUCGACAGGUGUCCAAGAUAAGAAAAAAGUACCAAUGAACAAAGUUCAAGUGGGCGCAGCGCCCUCUCCAAAUCUAAAAACGGUCCGAUCGAAAAUCGGCUCGCUGGAUAAUGCCAGUUACAAACCAGGCGGUGGAAAAGUGAAAAUUGAAAAUAGGAAGCUCGACUUCAGCAAAGCGCAGCCGAAGAUCGCUGCGAAAAAUGAGAAAUACACGCCCAGCGGUGGCGAUAAGAAGAUCUCUCAAGUUAAGCUUCAAUGGAACGCAAAACCAAAAGUUGGAUCAUUGGAGAACGCGACGUACAAGCCUGGUGGCGGUGACAAGAAAAUAGAGACCAUGAAGCUUGACUUUAAGGAUAAAGCGAAACCAAAAGUCGGCUCCAAAGACAACGCCAAGCAUACUCCUGGCGGCGGUAGCGUUAAAUCAUCGGCAACGCCACCUAAGACGCCACAGGAUACGAGCAAUAACAUCCAGACGCAGAAGAUCGAUAUCAAAGCUGAGAGCAAAAUUGGAUCCUUGGAUAACGUGAAGCAUAAGCCAGGCGGCGGUGAUAAAAAGAUUUUCAACGAUAAGGAUUACCUUCGACAGACUGGUUCAAAUGUAGAAAGCCUCAGUGGCAGUGGAUCACAGAGCCCUGUGCCCCCCGGCACGAUGAACGCCGACAAGAACGAUCUACCCACUUCGGACGAAAACCUCAAUCAAGAAUGCUAGAUCACGAAAACUCGACCGCUAGACCCGCUUUUCGUGUCAUUUGCGUCUAAUUAAUCACCCAUAUUUUUCUACCCCGAUGGUUGGAUCGAAGGGCACCGUUGACCCGUUUCAAUCGGGUCGAAAACGAUAUGCGUACGAGGAUGACCUAACGAUUAAAUGGAAAUUCAACCGUAACGCUACCGGGAACGAACCUAAAUCAAUUGAUUGCGCGCAUAUCGAUCGGUUCAAUUUGAUAUAGUUAUAUCGUUUUAUAACAAAAACGCAACUGCAAGAAUUUUUCCGUGCCAUAAGAACGAGCCCUAUCCGUGCAAAGUUGUGAUUACCGAUCGAAAAGGAAACACAGCGACAGGCAGAGAGAUGCCUUUCUUCCUCCUACGUGUGCGCCCUUCCGAUCAUUAACGUGCAACAUCCACGUUACGCGUUUAGCGCGGUAUGGCAACCAUCCGCUAUACGACGAAAGUUACUCUUUUCCGUUCGAAUCUCACACGCAUUUAUCCGCAGAGUACUCGUUACGGCAUCGUUGAUACAAAAGUGUUUCGUUUCGAGCACGUGUCGUGCCGGUUGGUCGAAGAGGACGAACCAAACGUACGGAGGAAGACGUUGGAGCUGGCGGAACGUUUAUUAAGAGAGUAUUGUUGGAACGAAAGGGGACAGUUCGCGAUACUUUUUCAGAUUGAAGAAAUGGUGACUUUACAUACAAAGAAACGAUAUACUGAUCAUCCUCAUUGUCUAUCAAUCGCGGAGAAACUAUUACGCUCACGAUAACAGUCCACCAACUAUAUACUACGAUUUCGCAAGUUUUUAUAAAGGCAUCGUUUUGUGGAUUACCCAUUAGAGUAACGAGAGAUGAAUAUUUAUAGAAAUACGACGAAACUUUCUUUAACUGGAUUUUGAAAUGGCCAACUCAGACCGACGACAAACGCGAUACUAUUGGUAUCCCACCGGCGCGCGUUUAACAUUCGAAUCUGUCCGAUGGCAUUUUUCCGAUCUGAAAAGGAAAUGCGAUAACGUGAUACGCUUAGGUUAUAAAAAGUAAAUUCUCGUUUCUCGUGAUUACCCAGGAACAGAGUUGGGCGUUGUUCGACGUGAAUUUGAAAUAUAUCGUAUACAUUCUCUCUCGAGUAAGGUUCGAGUACAAGUUGCGAAUAGAAUGAAGUUAUUCGAAAAUAAUGAAUGAGCUUUCAUUCGAAUAAAGUGACGAAUGGAAGUAGGGCGGAUCGAUACGCAACAGUCGGCUUUGCGAAAAUACGUGAUGUGCAUUUAUUCGAGGCCAUUUCGAGUAACGAAUAACGCUACAGAUUCAUUCGAGAUCGACGAAUAAAAUCGUUAUUUAUCAAAAUUUGCCCAGCUCUGCUUGAUAACGGUGAAAUCCCAGCAAGAAAGAUAUAAACACGUAUGCAGCGUACAAAUCGCAUAGUAACGGAUUCAAUGUUCUAAUCUGAUUAGUGAUGUGACUAAUAGCCCGAGGGUAGGUGUAUUUUUGUCAAACCUACGAGAUGUAACGGAACUUUUAGGCUACUUCUGAAAUACCAAUAGAUGCCAACAAAGCUUCGACGCGUUGUAAUAAAAGAAAAAAAAAAAGGAGAACAAUACGAUGCCAAUUAAAAAGUGUAAUUUUCAAAGUAGCAGAAACUGAUAUACACCUACUUAACAAAAUUGUCUCAAACUAAGCACGAGUCCGGCUUCUCUACUGUGCAUUCAUGAACGCGUUUGUUGUACGCAUAACAUAUAAAUGUAACUACGAUAUUUAUAUUCCUGAACGAACGAAGGGCAAAAAUAAACAUAAACAAAAAAAUGCUGUAGCAGGACACGAGUUACGUAUAGUAUAAUAAUUAUAACGAUUCAUUAUCCGAAUAAAGUAUAUGAGAUACAUGUAAAAAGUAUAUGAUAUAAAUGACUGGUUAAAGCAAAAUAAAAGACAAUUUAAAAAAGUAAUCGUAGAUAAGUGGUGAAUUAUGGGGAUCACGUUGUAACGGUAGAGAAUCAUGCAACAUUUAAACACUGUGAAUGGUAUUCGAUAGUCGAUGGUAGAAGUUUACCUAAACUCGCCUACUUCCGGGUUAAAGCAUUAUAUGUCAUAUUUAUAGUAGUUAAAGAAUAGACGAGACAUGUAAUAUAGUGUUGCACAAAUUUUUCAACUGUGAAGAUUUCACUCUAAUCAAUUUAAACAUUUUCUGACUUCUCGGUAACGCGAAUGAGCGUGCAAAUAACGGAUGCAAAUAUGGAUUAAGCAUUUGAAACGAGGACGCCUUUAUUCUAGCAGAAAAUGAUACAUGAAGGAACAGAAUUGUCAACGAUAACGUAACGAUAACAAUUGUACAUUCGAGAUGAUGUUUCUAAUAAAAUCAUUUUUUUAUCUCACAGCGCGUUUUUACAGUGAAAAUGAAGUUUUUGUGUACACUCUGUACAUGAUACAACGUGCUUGAAUAAUUUUCACAUUCCUCGUUGUUCAUCGUGCCUGUUGUCGAGUCGCGUUCGAAUCCAUCAAUGAUAUUUUCCCGGGUAAAAUUGAUACGUUGCAUGUUAAAAUGAGCUUAGAAUCGACUAGACUGGUGUCACUCGAGUACAUAAACGAGAAUGUUUUUAAAAAUCAAUCGUUAUACGAUGUCGAGCGUCGAUUUGUACCGAAAGCAUCGAGUUGCGAGGGACUCGUCGUUGUCGAGUGAAUUGAUUUCGUCUACGUAGAUCAGUAGAGAUCCUAUUUUAACUCGAAAGACAAGGGAGAAAGCUAUUAGAAUCGCAGCGUGCAAUCAUAAAUCAACUCACCGAGCGAGGAAAGUAAAUCGUGCGAUUGCAUUAAAUACAUUUCUGAUUGUAUUUAAAUGAUAGACUACGAGAAAUUCGUAAUCGUUAUUGUAGAUACGUAAACUAUCUUCAUUUGUUGCACACUUCGGAAUGAACGGUGAGACAUUAUCAAUGGUUUACGAUAAGAUGGGAAGUAUGAGAAAGGAAUGGAUGGUGAUAAUUAAAUAAUUGAAAUUAUGUAAACGAAUCGGUGAAAUCAUGGCUGUAUCACUUCUAAAGAAUUCAUACACCUUAAACUAGGAAAGUAUGUAACACGCGUUAUAGUUUAUUGCUUCCAUACCGAUUAUUAUACACUUCGAUUCGAUUAACUUUCUGGCAUUCGAUGAAAAAUUAAAUGAUAUCAAAUCAUCGCAAUUGUCACGAGUAAUCAGUUCGUACGAAUGCUAUUGUGUAACAAAAAUCCUAUGCACCUGUCGAGAACGACAGAGGAGCUAUUAUAAUGUUCUUUCUUUCUCAAUUUGCGCUUUGGUUAUUUUUAUUGAACUUAACCGUUCCCCCAUUUGCGGUGCCCCCGUUCAGUUUUAGUUACUAAAGAAUUUGGAAAAAAUUAAAUAUACACAAUGUUUACAAAAA